AUGGUUUAUCAGCCGAGUUCGAAAAUUGGCAUCAAAAUGGAAUAUAUCAUUUUCCUGCAGCUUUUAUCAAUUAUUACCGGAUGGGAGGUGCAUAUUUUACCAACAGCGCAACAACUGCAAAACCGGAAAAGUGAUGAAAAUACAGCUAUGAUUUGUUCAGUAAUCGGUUUACAAAAAGAUCGCAAUGCUAAAGUUGAUAUUAAAUGGUAUCGUGAGGGAUAUGAAGUGCCCAUUAAUCGGCAUGAAAGGAUAGCAGUAAGUCGUAUGAAGCCAUUAUCAGCUCGAUUACUUUUUAUCAAACCGACAGUUGAAGAUAGUGAUACAUAUAAAUGUGUGGUCAGUGUUAACAAUGGUAAUGAUCAAAUAAAAGAGAAAUCAGCGAAGAUAUCAUUCAUUCAAGCAGCGGAAUUUAUUGAUGUUGAAUUGGAACAGCAUCCGGAAGAGGGUAAAGAUGCGGAAAUUAUAUGUCGUGUACAUGGUGAUCCAUCGUUAGAAAUUUUUUGGCAAUUUGAAGGCAAAACCAUCCUUGAAGGUGGACCACGAAAUUAUGAAUUCAAAGAUGCAAAUCAAAUUUUGGUAAUCCCAAAAUAUGAUUCCGAUCUUGAUGAUGGUCAAUACACUUGCAGUGCAGCACAGUUCUACUCUUUCGAAACUGUUACUAUCAAUGUUACUGGAUAUGCACGCCCCAAAAUAACAAUACUUGAUGGAUCAGAUGCAACAUAUGGUGUUGAAGGUCGUGAUUUUGUGAUUCGAUGCCAAGCUAUCGGUAAACCUAAGCCUCAUUAUCAAUGGAUAAAAUAUGCUGAUGGAGAUGAGGAGACUAUUGCAUUGUCAGAGAAAUAUGAUAUAAAUGAUGGUACUCUUAUAAUUCGGGAUUUAAUCCCAGCAGAUCGUGGUACAUACAGUUGUAUUGCCAAAAAUGCUUUAGAUGAAACACGAAUCGAUUUCAACUUAACAGUUUUCAGUAAACCAAGGUUAAAAUUAAUGAAGAAUUUGACAAUUACACGUGGUGAUACCGUCAAAUUGGUUUGCGAAUAUAGUGGUGAUGGUUAUCUGAACGCUAAAUGGUUACAUCUUGGACAAGAAUGGUCAAGCAGGUUAACAAAUCAAAGUGAACGAAUUCUCGGCUUUAAUGAUAACCAUGUGACGAUUAACGAAGGUAAUGGUAUUAUUGUAUUGACAUUGACAGCAGUGGAUGAAGAUGAUGCUGGCCAGUACCAAUGUGUAGCAGAAAAUGAAGCCGGCACGGAUCAAGGCUCUGUAUUCCUCUCCAUUAUUCAUGCAGCACGAAUUGUUGACCAUAGUGGAACAAAACGUGCCCUAAAAGGUGAUGUAGCGGUGAUUCAUUGUGGUGCAAGUGCUGUUCCGGAACCUAUUUGGACAUGGACUGGUCCAUCCGGUGUCAUUUAUGCUGAUGGUUCGAAGUAUAUCCUCGAUGCUCGAACUGUUACCGCAACUCUCACCGUACGAGAUGUUAAUCAGCAUGAUUUCGGUAAGUAUACCUGUACGGCUGAUAAUGGUAUUGGUCCGCCAGAUCACGCUGAACUUCGAUUAAUUGAAAUUUUACCACCGCUAACACCGACGAAACUAAAUUGCCAUGAACAUGGUUAUCCAAAUUUUGGUAUAUGCACUAUUGGUGAACUGAAAAACUCUCCGGCUGGAAAAUUGCCAUCAAAUAUUACAUUUUAUAUUAUACCUGAAGAUAAGACAAACAGAGACAACGUUAAAAUGGAUGCCAUGAAUGUAACUUUUGAAUUUGAUGGCGAACGUGAAUUUAAAUUUUACCAUUUGGAACCAAGAAGCAGAUACAAAAUUCGAGCGCAAGCGGUUAACGAAGCUGGUGCAUCAGAACUGAGUGCUCCCGAUAUCAUCGAAACUACAGAUCCAUGGGCACCGGAUACGCCGACUAAUAUACAGUACGAUUGUUCGAAAGCUUGUAAAAUGGUUUGGAGUGAGCCAAACAACCGUGGUUCACCAAUUACUGCAUACAAGUUAAUCCUGAAAGAAAUUGCACAUGCUGAAAUGAUGAAACAUUACGAUACGGAAAGUUUCGAGCUUGAUUUAGGUGCUGAUGAUCUCAAAGUGGAUUUAUCAUUCUUGAAACCCCUUACAACCUAUGAAGUAAAACUAAUUGCCGUAAAUGAUGUUGGUAGCAGUAAUGCUCACUCAAUUGUGCUCAAUACAUCUGAAUAUGCGGAAGAUGGUCGUCGUGAUGGUGACUUCAGUUGGUUGACAAUUUUAUUGUUAAUCAUUGUAUUACUUAUAUUUUUAGCUCUUAUCAUAGAUGCUAUGUGCUGUUUAAAACACCAUCGUGGAUUUUUAGCAUUAAUUUGUUCAAUAUUUUUUGAAGCUAAUCAAGAAGAGCACGUUAGCAAGUCGAAAAGUGGCUUACAAAAUGAUAAAACUGAGAAUAAUUGCUUACUCAUAGAUGAACGAAACAGUUCGCCAAUUACGGUGAAUCAUGAUGAGAGGUACAGGAAUGGUCCUCAUUCAACACCUGUAUGA